AUGCCAGUAAAAUUAAAAUGGCCUUGGCUAGGAAUAGCAAUACCAUGCUUUCUGAUUUCUUUCAUAGGCUACUGUAGCCAUCUUUUCAUCCUGCUGAAUUUUCUCUCACCCCUCCUGCAGGUUUGGUUUCAAUUCAGCUUAAUUUUAAUCUGGAUUUCAUAUUAUUUGGCAAUUUAUACCGAUCCAGGAACGGCAGCUUCACACUUUGAGCCGUUGGAGCGGGAGUGGAGAAAUUACUGCCGGAAGUGCAGUAAUUACAAGCCCCCUCGAGCACAUCACUGCAAAACAUGCGGCAAAUGUGUCCUGAUGAUGGAUCAUCACUGUCCAUGGACUAUGAACUGCGUUGGUUAUAAAAACUUUGCCCCAUUUCUGAGGUUCCUCUUUUGGGUUAUUACAACGACCGGAUUCCUCUUUUACCAUUUGGUUUACAGGAUAAUGUUCUUGUGGAAGAAUAGAAAUUUACCUAAUUACUUGGUAAAAAGAUCCGAGCUGAUCUUUUUGACAAUUUUGACCCCUCUGGACGGCUUUGUGUUGCUUACGAUAACGAGCCUAUUUGUUCGCUGCCUGAAUAACCAGAUUUUUGGAGGUAUGUCCCAAAUUGAGUCUUGGGAGCUGGAAAGAUUGCAAUCGCUUUUCAAUGCUAAGCGAUUAAUACCUUUGCUUUUGGAAUCCGCAUGGAAGCUAUUCCCCCAAUCUCGUGAACAAAUUAGCCAAGUGAGAGCUAAUAAAACCUUAGUCCAGCAAAGAUUACACUUUGAUGAUGUUGUGAAUUUCCCGUAUGACCUCAGUCCCUGGGAGAACGCCGCCCAACUACUUGGCCACCCAUUUCUAUGGCUUACUCCAAUUGGAGGCCCUCUUGGAAAUGGCAUGUCUUUCCCCAAAAAUGAUAUUUCAGAGUAUACACCAGACAGUCGAAUUGAGGACAUACUUCUGGCACUUCCGUGGCCUCCAGAUGGAGCAAGUAGGAAAUCUGGCUCUGGAACCACAAUGGAGAUCAUAGAAACUAGAACAGAGGGAGGAGAACAGCUUGUCAGGAGGCGACCAGCUGAUAGGUGGGACUUGGUCGAGAGGAAAGAUUGGCAAAACGAAUGGGGGGAGAAUUUAACAGAUUUUGGUGUUGAUAUCGACACUGAGCAGAUCGGCUGA